GAUAUGCUGUUCCUCCACCGACACCACAGCCAAACUAUUCGAGCACGUACACCAUUAUUCAGCAGCCUGCUACCACCACUUCUGUUGUAGUAGUUGGUGGCUGUCCUGCCUGCAGUUGGUGGGUGUCCUUGACUGAGUCUGUUUUCCCUUUUUGCAGGGUUGGCGUGUUGGAGGACACCUUCACCUGUCUUGGUGUUUUGUGUGCCAUUGUAUUCUUUCCAAUUGGGAUUCUGUUCUGCCUUGCACUGAGGCAGAGAAGAUGCCCUAAUUGUGGGGCAGCUUUUGGCUGA